ACAGACCAUAAAUCGAAUUGCUAAGACUGCAAAAAAGGGAAAGGGAUUGUUUGAAGGGGACUGAUGAGAAAAAAAAAAAGCUUCUUUCUUUUGCUUUUUCACAGCAGCAGACCGGCUCUUCUCAAGAAAGGGAAAAAACAAGCACAAGUCAGAGAGGUGAACAGGAACUUAGCACAGCGGGGCAGGGCCACACAAUCGCUGAAGAGCUGCUGCAGCAGGACAUGAUGGUGCUUUGAGGACCAGUCUACCAUGCAGUCCACCAUGAAUUCCAAUGGACUUCAGCGGCAGAGCAGUCAGGAGAAUUACAUUCUGGAUAAUACUCUGAGGAAGAAAUGCUCCCUGUGGUACAGGCGCUCACUGAAGGGGAACAAUGAUCGACACCGGCAGAACACAGGCUCUCUUCCCAGAGUGCGAAAGCCCAAACUAAGCCACUCCAACUCACUGGUGGAUUACUCUGACCCACAAAGGAUCACAAUUGCACUCGAAAAGCAAGACAAUGAAUCGUUUGGUUUUGAAAUUCAGACCUAUGGCCUGCAGCUGAAGGACAGCUCUGCAGUGGAGAUGUGCACGUUUGUGCGCAAGGUGCAGGAGGACAGCGCAGCUGAGAGCGCUGGCCUGACCGCAGGGGACAUCAUCAUCACUAUAAACGGUGUCAGUAUUGAAGGAUCAUCUCAUCAGCACAUACUUGAUCUGAUCAGAGAGUCAACCAACAGCUUGAAGAUGGAGACCGUGUGUGGGAAUGUAGUGAAGCAGAUAGAGCUGGAGAAGAAGAUGAAUCUCCUGAAGCAAUCACUCCGCGAGAAGCUGAUGGAGCUGCAGGCACUUACAGUACAGGAAAAACGCCUGAUGCGAGGGAACUUGAACAACAGCAGCCUCCACCUCUCAACGCACUCCUCAGUGAGCUCCCCCGCAGGCCGACGUGGCCGCCGCUUCUCCAGUGACAGCAGCUACAGGAGCGCGAUGACAGACGACAGCGACCAGGCCAGCGUGUUCGGGGAUCUGAGCUCUCCCAGCCCCUUCAGCGCAGCCAGCACCUCGGACGACGGCUGCUUCUUCUCCAAAGAUUUCCCCUCGCAGCUGCAGGACGGCUCCGGCAGGUUCUCGUCGAGCAGCAGCCAUCACCACCAAUCCCUCGGACGCUCCAGCAGCUCCAGCUUGGCCGGCAGCAGCAGCUCCCUCUCGCCUUCCUGGGAGGAAACGAGGAUCUCCUCCCUGUUCGGCACCCUGCCCCGCAAGAGCAGGAGAGCCGCCAGCGUCCGCAGGCACAUCUUCAAGUUGAUUCCUGGACUGCAGCGAUCAGUUGAGGAGGAGGAGAUGGGAGCAAACACCUAGUGACAUGUUCAAAUGCUGCUAGUUUUCUACUUGAUAGACAGGGUUGACAUGGUUUCUUCUACCCUGAACAAGAUGUAAAAAGACACAGACACUGUAAAGAAGUGUUUCAGCACACUUGAAGGAAGGGGUUAACCCCUUCACAAAGAAAUAAGUGUUUGCUUGUCAGGGGACACAGAGAUGAGAGACAUUGUGGCACUUGGCAUUUGUCAAUGUCAAAGUUUACCCUGGAGGGUCCUGAGCCCGACUCACGGCUUGGCACGAAAGCAUUAUGAUGUAAAUGUAGAACGUUCUCCCUUUGAACAAGUGUUCGAAUGAAUGUAUAUACAAGAUAUGAGUGUGAUCAGCAUUAAUCACAUCAGCUGUAUUCAUGUAGCACCCUAAAUUCUUUUUUUUUAAAGUGAGACUGUACUGCUGACCUAAAAAACACACGACAAGAACCAUUCACUUUUCACGCCAGACGAACAUUUAAAAUACCACUUCUGCUACGUUCAGGUGCUGAAACCAAAACCAGACCUCUGCUGUGAAUAGCUGGCUGCUGAGCUCAAAACAGGAUGUGGGUAUAAGAGGUACUACUGAACUGUUUUCACAUCUAAAAGCUAUUUUUCCGGCUGCACACAACUUGAAUGCUGAGAUGUCUCCUUGUGAAGUCUGAAUGUAGAGAAUGGUGCUUUGUUUUUAUGUGUAUGCUAAAGUCUUUUAAAAAAUAAAAAACAACAACAUAUAAAGUC